GGGAAGAGAGAGAGAGAGAGAGAGAGAGAGAGAGAGAGAGAGAGAGAGAGAAGGGGGUCAUAUCAGAAAGUGCGACAGAGGAAAACAAGACAGAAAAGAGGGAGACAGAGGGACGCUGUAAGGAUAGUGGUUCUCGCUGUCAGUUACUGAGGUUAAUAAACCAGGAACAGUGCUAUCAGGAUGUUGAUGCUGGAUGGGAUGCCAGCCCUGCCAGUCAAAAUCGAUCCUGCAGAGUCACAGAGACGGUCUCCUGUGAUCCAUGACUACACAGAGAUGGGCGUUCUGGUGUUGAACCGCAGAUUUCAGACACCAUCAGAUGAUAGACGAUUCCUGUCCGACCCCUUCCAGACACAAACAGAGCCCGUGGACCUGUCCACCAACAGAGCCAGAACCUCCCCGUCACUUUCAGCAUCCUCAUCUUUAUCCUCAUCUCCCUCAUCGUCUUCAUCUUCAAUACGAUUUUGUCCACGCUCCCCUCCUUCCAGCAAAUCUGUGUCAUCUUCAUCAUCGUCAUCAUUAUCUAUGCCUUCAUCCUCCUCCACUUCAGUUAUAACCCCUGUUCCUCGUCUGAAGAUGUCUCCAGUGGUGGCCUCUCCCCCGUCCAGGAGUCUCAGGGGGCAGUCGUUUUUGCACAUACCCCAGCUGAUGCCUCCUUGCUCCAGCCCGGUCCACCUCCACCCACGCCGCGUGCCGGUGGUGAUGCAGCCCAUGCCGCUGGUCUACCCUGGAGUGGGAUCGCUGGGGAACAGCAGGCUCAUGAUGCCGCUGCUGGAGGAAAACAGGAUGCACAGGAAAGUCACACACCGAAUCGCAGAUGGACUGUCGCCUCGGCGAUCUUUGAGUGACAGCGAGGAUGAUGACCUGCCCAACGUGACCUUGGAGAGUGUGAAUGAAACAGGAUCCACUGCCCUGACUAUCGCCCGCGCCGUGCAAGAUUCCCUGUUGCCGUUCAGCAUCGAGAGCCUGAGGAGGCCCAGGCCUUCAGAGUCACCUGACUCAAAGAGGAGACGCAUUCACAGGUGUGAGUUUGAGGGCUGCAAUAAGGUUUACACCAAGAGCUCUCAUCUUAAAGCCCACAGACGCACACACACAGGUGAGAAGCCAUAUAAGUGCACAUGGGAUAACUGCACAUGGAAGUUCGCUCGCUCUGACGAGCUGACACGACAUUACCGCAAACACACCGGCGUCAAACCGUUCAAAUGCAGCGACUGUGACCGCAGCUUCUCCCGCUCGGACCACCUCGCCCUCCACCGUCGCAGACACGCCCCACAAACAUGCAUAGUGUGAAAAAGACGUUUGAUGGACAAUAUAAACAGACAGAGCAGGUCUCUAUCUGCCAGUGUUGCAUGCAGAAAGUCUGGAAUUACUCCUCGCACAACAAGGAGGUGAAAUACAUGGGAAUUUGACAGGAUUGAGAGACCUUGUUGAAAAUGAGGUCCAUGUAUAAUGAGAUUCAUCUACAUUUCCCUCAUAUGGUUUAUCUUCUGAACUUUUAUGUGAGGUUUACUCAUAAAGGUGGAGCCACAGAGUCUUGUACUAACUAUUAAAAGCCAUGUGCUGAUAAAGGUGCUGUAUACGAUUUUUACACAUAAAUACUAUAGAAUCAGCAAGCAACUAUUCGCUAUGUAAUGAUAUAGUGUAGUAACAACAUCCUAAGCAGAGAGUGAAGUCAGAACCCCUCUGUUUGUUUAAUUCAAGCUUUUCUGUUACUGUUAGCCCUCCUUGCAUUUAUAAUGAGAUAGUAUGGAGCUUUCCCAAAUGCCAUGUUUCUAUAUUAGCAUAAUACUUAGCUAGUCACUCGACAUUGUUUACAAAAGCAUUUUUCUCAGGCUCCUAUAUGGCUCCUAUAUUUAUGUUCAGUUAUUUCACUUUAAUGCUAAUGAAAAGAACCUAUGCAUUGCCAUUAAAGUGAAAUUAGUACUAAACCUGUACAUGAAAGCCUGAGAAAAAUGCUCAUUUUAGAAGAGAAUUUCAAAGGCUUUAGGUGAAAUAAAUCAAUCUAGAGGUUGAAAAUCGUAUAUAGCACCCUUAAAUGUAUUUGAUUCUCCAAACCUUCAGGUUUCCUUCAGGAUUACUCAUGGAAGCCUUAUGGCAUUGCAUAUCAUAAUAGUCUCAAAAUAUUUAGAAUUCAUUUUUAAUACUUAUUUUUGUCUAAAAAGCAUUGCAGAGGAGCCUUAAUCUGUUCAGUGCAAGCUUUGGUAAUGCAUUUAGCAAAUAAAAGUCACUUUGGAAAAAAAAUAAUAAUAAUAAUUUACAAUUUGCAGGGUAAUAAUGGCAUGGCUGUCAUUAUGUAGAACUAAUUACAAACUUGUUUUGGUUAAAGAGACAUGCACCCACAAACGCAAAACAAAGAAAAUAAGACAAACAAACAUAAAACAUGUCAUUAUCACAAUACAUUUAAUGAAAGUUCACAUUCUAGCUUCAAAAUCUGCAUGGGCUCCAGUUAUCACUUUAUUAUGGAAUCUGAAAUUGUUGUUUUAUAUAUAUAUAUAUAAAUAUAUAACUGAAUGUGGGGAUAUGGCCGUAUCAUUGAUGUAGUGUUCUGUCCUCUCAGGACUCAGUUGUAUGAGGGAGACAUUCUCUCACACCGUUUAAAAUUUUCCUUGCAUCAUUUGUGCACAAAACUAGAGUAGCAGAUGUCUGUAUAUUUUAUAGUCUUUACCAUGUGGUAUAUAAUUUUUGUUCAUUUGUAUUGUAUGUCAUAUAUUUGUUCUGUAUUCCGAGAUUUGCACCCUUCUGUCCAUAAAUAUGUGAUGCCAAAAUUUAUAGUAUUUUACAGGGAACCCAGUGACUAAAAAUCAUGAGUGUAAAUGAUCGUCAAAUGGGCAUUCCUUUUAUUUUUAUUUUUUAUUUUUUAUUUUUUUUUAUUUUUUUCUCUUCUACAAUGAUGUAUCUGUAAAUGAUGUUAUGGUAAACAUUUCAGUUUUAUAUGGAUUUAACUGUGAAUUUAUACAUAAAUACAAUAUAUGUUAGAAAUAGGCAUGAAUAAAAGCACAGAUUUGUAUGUACA